AUGACGGAAUUCAAGCCUUCGCGCAUCCUCAUAUUUGGUGCCACCGGCCAGAUCGGGGCCUUCAUCACUGAGGCGAUCCUGUCGGCAAACCCCGCGUUCCAGCACGUCGCUAUUUUCACCAGCGAAAAUACCGCUCGAACUAAGCCUGAUUUGCUGCGCGGUUGGACGGAACGUGGUGUGUCUAUUAUCACCGGCGACGUGGCCGACAAAGGCCAGGUCCUCGCCGCAUACAAGGGCAUCGAUACCGUUGUCUCGGCGGUCGGCCGCAACGUCCUCGACCACCAAACAGACCUGCUCCGUUGGGCUGACGAGCAAGAGAAUGGCAGUGUGCAAUGGUUCCUCCCUUCCGAGUAUGGCACGGAUAUUGAGUAUGGGCCCAAGAGCGCUACUGAGAAACCCCACCAACUCAAGCUCAAAGUGAGGAAGUUUGCUCGAGAGGCGCUGAAGAGGGUGAAAUGUACGUACGUGGUAACGGGACCGUACAUAGACAUGUACUUCACGUUAUUUGGGGCUGCAGACAAGGUCGGUGGUUAUGACGUGCAAAACAAGAGGGCCGUGCUCGUCGAGGAUGGCAAUGGCAAGGUGGGGUUCACCUCAAUGCGGGACGUCGGAAAGGGUGUGGUCGCCGCCCUCCAACACCCCGAGGCUUCGUUUGACCGAGUCAUCAAGAUCCAGUCCUUCGUUGUUACUCCCGAGGAAAUCUUGACCGAGUUUGAAAAGCAGACUGGCGGUCAGCCAUGGACGGUCGAGUACACACCUCUCGAUGAUUUGAGGAGGCUUGAGGAUGAUGCUUGGAGCCAAGGAAAAGGAUGGUCGACGCUGGCAACCCUGAGGAGGAUAUGGGCUGAAGGAGGCACCUUGUAUGAACGUACCGACAAUGAGGCCAUUGGUCUACACGACGAGGAUCUAGAGUCGCUUGCGACCACCGUGCAGAGGAACAUUGCUCAGAGUAGCCUCACUGACAGCACUAUGCACCACGUGACGGAGCUGAAGUUCCGCGCCUCUGGGCAGUGCGUCCGAGAGGUCAGCCUCUACCUUGUCCUGCUGGUCUUCAUCUCGACUCUAGGACCGCUCCAAUUUGGCUAUCAUCUGGCCGAGCUCAACGCCCCGCAAGAUGUCGUGACGUGCCAAAAGAAGUCGAUUGGCGCCGCCCUUCUCGCAAGGGCAGCCAACUGGUUCACGUCCACGAAACCACAACCGACCGUACAAAGCCAGCCAGGCGGUGAUUCCACGUGGUUCACUGAUUGUAUCCCAAUGAGCGACGCGGAGUUCGCGACUAUCUCUUCCGUCUUCACUAUUGGCGGUCUAAUCGGCGCCCUCUCCGCCGGCCCCAUCUCUUCGAAGCGUGGACGACUCCCUGCUAUGCGGUUGACGGCUCUCAGUUAUCUAGUCGGAUCGAUCUUGGAGACUUUCUCAAACAGCGUGUUCGUUCUCGCAUCGGGCCGUUUUAUUAAUGGCUUGGGAGCGGGUGCUUCGACAGUAAUUGUUCCUCUCUACAUCAGUGAGGUGGCACCGCCCAACGAGCGGGGCAUAUUUGGGGCCAUGACCCAGGCGGUGGGCUUAUUUAUUGUCCCCGAGAGCCCCGCCUGGCUUGCUGCGCACGGCCAAGGUACCAAGGCAAGGAGAGUCUUACAGCGGAUCCGGGGCAAGGUUGUAGAUAUCAGUGAGGAGGCAGCGGGCUGGGAUAAUGGCGACGAUGAUGCCGAGGGAUCUGUGGCAGAAGACGCGAGACUCCUCGCCCAGCCUUCUUCUGACGCCGCCCUAUCGCCGACCAUCUCGGGACGGCCAGGAUCGGGCGCGGCUCCGCACUUGGGCUUUUUCCAGGUUAUCCAGGAUCCGCUUUACAGACCCGCCAUUGUGGCCUGCGUGGGAAUUAUGUUCGCCCAGCAGCUGUGCGGCAUCAACUCCAUCAUCGUGUACUCGGUCUCGCUCUUGGCCGACCUCCUCCCUAUUAGCUCUGCUCUACUCACCAUUGUCAUUUCAUGCGUCAACCUCAUCAUGACGGUGGCCUGCUCCCCGCUUCCAGAUCGGAUCGGCCGCAAGACCUGUCUUCUCAUCUCCAUUAUUGGUCAGGGAACUAGCUCGCUCGCCCUCGCCCUAUCCAUCAUCUUUGGCGCCAAAAUCAUUUCAGCUCUCGCCGUCCUCUUUUUUGUUGGGUUCUUCGCAGUCGGCCUUGGCCCCGUGCCCUUCAUUAUGGCUUCGGAACUGGUAGGGCAGGAGGCUGUGGGGGCUACGCAAUCGUGGUGCCUCGCUAGCAACUACGGGGCAACUUUCCUCGUGGUACAGUUCUUCCCCCUCGUCAACAACUGGCUCAACGAGUGGCUCGGCGGCGCGGGCUGGGUAUACGUCCUAUUUGCCGGCUUUGCCGCGCUGUCUGCCAUGUUUGUGUCAUGGAGGGUACCCGAGACGCUAGGGAGAAAGGAUGUGGACGAGGUCUGGGGGAGGACACGGCGGAUCGACUAA